GCAAGUGCGGUGUGACUCGUGACUGACUCCUCCUCGACCAUCUUUCAGCAGUCAAGCGCCAUGACACCUGGCCAAAUGACUGUGGCGGCAACCUUCUCAUUCAAGAUUCACGGAUUGGCAGCAUCGACAAAAGUCCCAGAGACAGAGAACCCACCGUGUGACGUUGGACCGAGUUUCAUCCUCGUCGUGCCAUCUCAUCGAGUGACACGGCUGCGAAGUAUGUGCGCUAGCUAUGAUAGCUUCGAAGCCGCACGAGCCCUGAGAAGACCUGCAGCGGCGAGAGAGAUCCAGUGGUAUAUGGCUUGCAUGCACAUGUCCGGAAAGCCGAAUUGAUUCGGAAUGUCAAGAUGCUAUAAGAGUCAUGAAUGCAUUCCAGUCGCUGCCAUCACCGACGCACUUGCCUUUACCAAUUUACGCAAAACGUGCGUCACAAAGGUCCAUUACCUGAAGGCACUGUCACUCAUUACGUUGGCAAAGCAGCCUCAA